AACCUGCCCCGACCCUUCCUAAGUAGUAUCUCAAGUCUGUGUGAAGGUCAUGGAUCCUGAACAAAGCAUCAAGGGUACCAAGAAGACAGAGGGAAGUCCCCGGAAGCGACUGACCAAGGGAGAGGCCAUUCAGACCAGUGUUUCCUCUAGUACCCCAUAUGCAGGUGGUGGGACAGCUGCCACCCAGGAGAGCGCCCCCCAGGAGCUCCUAGCCCCGCAGCCCUUCCCAGGCCCCUCAUCAGUCCUUAGGGAAGGCUCUCAGGAGAAAACAGGCCAGCAGCCGAAGCCCCCCCGUAGGCCCUCCGUUGAGGCCUCUGUCCACAUCUCACAGCUUCCGCAGCACCCUCUGACACCAGCAUUCAUGUCGCCUGGAAAACCAGAGCAUCUCCUGGAGGGGUCCACGUGGCAGCUGGUUGACCCUAUGAGACCCGGACCCUCAAGCUCCUUUGUAGCCCCUGGGCUCCAUCCACAGAGCCAGCUCCUCCCUUCCCAUACCUCCAUCCUUCCCCAUGAGGACCUGCCUGGCAUCCCCAAGGUCUUUGUGCCCCGUUCCUCACAGGUCUCCCUGAAGCCUGCAGAAGAGGCACACAAGAAAGAGAGGAAACCGCAGAAGCCAGGCAAGUACAUCUGCCAAUACUGCAGCCGGCCCUGCGCCAAGCCUAGUGUGCUACAGAAGCACAUCCGCUCGCACACAGGAGAGAGACCCUACCCCUGUGGCCCCUGUGGCUUCUCCUUCAAGACCAAGAGUAACCUCUAUAAGCACAGGAAGUCCCAUGCCCACCGCAUCAAAGCAGGCCUGGCCUCAGGUGCAGGUGGUGAGCUAUUCCCUCCAGGACUGGAGAUGGAAAGGAUUCCUGGGGAGGAGUUUGAGGAGCCCACUGAGGGAGAAAGCACAGACUCUGAAGAAGAAACUGGCACCACAUCUGGCCCCUCCACAGAGGUCCCCAGACCUAAGCACCCACUCCUGUCCAGUGGUUUGUACAGCUCCGGGAGCCACAGCUCCAGCCACGAACGCUGCUCCCUGUCCCAGUCCAGCACAGCAACCUCGCUCGAGGACCCCACCCCAUUUGCAGAACCUUCAUCCGAGCAUCCCAUGAGCCACAAACCUGAAGACACCCACACAAUUAAGCAGAAGCUGGCCCUUCGCCUGAGUGAGAGGAAGAAGGUGAUUGACGAGCAGGCAUUUCUGAGCCCGAGCAGCAAAGGCAGCACUGAGUCUGGGUACUUCUCACGCUCUGAGAGUGCUGAGCAGCAGGUCAGCCCCCCAAACACCAAUGCUAAGUCCUACGCAGAGAUCAUUUUCGGCAAGUGUGGGCGGAUUGGGCAACGGACCACCAUGUUAACAGCCACCUCCACCCAACCCCUGCUGCCCCUGUCUGCUGAAGACAAGCCCAGCCUGGUGCCUUUGUCGGUACCCCGUACACAGGUGAUUGAGCACAUCACGAAGCUCAUCACCAUCAACGAGGCUGUGGUGGACACCAGUGAGAUUGAUAGCGUGAAGCCAAGGAGGAGCUCACUCACCAGGCGCAGCAGCAUGGAGUCUCCCAAGUCUAGCCUCUAUCGGGAGUCCCUGUCAUCCCACAGCGAGAAGACGAAGCCGGAACAAUCACUGCUGAGCUUCCAGCACCCCCCUAGCACCACCCCCCCUGUGCCUCUCCUGAGAAGCCACUCAAUGCCUUCUGCCACCUGCACUAUCAGCACCCCCCACCACACCUUCCGUGGUAGCUAUUCCUUCGACGACCACAUCACCGACUCCGAGGCCCCGAGCCGCAGCAGUCCCGUGUUUACCUCUCAUCCCCGGAUGCUGAAGCGCCAGCCGGCCAUCGAACUACCUUUGGGAGGUGAAUAUAGUUCCGAGGAGCCUGGACCAAGCAGCAAAGAUGCAGCCUCCAAGCCCUCAGAUGAACCAGAACCCAAGGAAAGUGAAUUGACCAAAAAGACCAAGAAGGGGUUGAAAAUGAAAGGGGUGAUCUAUGAAUGUACCAUCUGUGGUGCUCGGUACAAGAAGAAGGAUAACUACGAAGCCCAUAAAAAGUACUACUGCUCGGAGCUCCAGAUUACAAAGCCCCUCUCUGCAGGUGCUCAUGCAUCUCCUGAAGCUGAAAAGAGUCAGGCAGAGCGUGAGCCAUGGUCCCAGAUGAUGCAUUAUAAACUGGGGGCCACCUUGGAACUCACUCCGCUGAGGAAGAGGAGGAAAGAGAAGAGUCUUGGGGAUGAGGAAGAGCCGUCGGCCUUUGAGUUGACAAAAGGUCAGUUUGGCAGCCCUGGGCCAUCUGACACUACUAGGAACCUUCCCCUGGAGUCCACCAAGUCACCAGCAGAACCAUGUAAAUCAGUGCCCUCCUUGGAGGGACCCACGAGCUUCCAGCUAAGGACUCCCAAGCCAGGGUCUGGGUCAGAUCCAGGGAAAGAGAGGAGAACAAUGUCCAAAGAAAUUUCUGUCAUCCAGCACACCAGCUCCUUUGAGAAAUCUGACCCUCUCGAGCAGCCCAGUGGCCUAGAAGGGGAAGACAAGCCUCUGACCCAGUUCUCAUCCCCACCGCCUGCCCCGCAAGGACGCUCAGCUCACUCCUUGCAGUCUAGGUUGGUCCGCCAGCCUAACAUUCAGGUUCCCGAGAUCCUGGUGACUGAGGAGGCAGACCGGCCAGACACAGAGCCUGAGCCACCUCCAAAGGAGCCGGAGAAGACAGAGGAGUUCCAGUGGCCUCAGCGCAGCCAGACACUUGCCCAACUCCCAGCUGAGAAGCUGCCACCCAAGAAGAAGAGACUGCGUCUGGCAGAGAUGGCCCAGUCAUCAGGGGAGUCCAGUUUUGAGUCAUCCUUGCCUCUGUCUCGGAGCCCGAGCCAGGAAAGCAGUGUUUCUCUGAGCAGCUCCAGCCGCUCAGCCUCAUUCGACAGAGAUGACCAUGGGAAAGCCGAGGCCCCUGGGGCCUCAUUGGACAUACGCUCCAAACCCUUGGGCACCCACAUGCUGACUGUCCCCAGCCACCACCCGCAGGCCCGAGAGAUGCGGAGGUCAGCUUCAGAGCAGAGUCCUAAUGUGUCCCAUUCUGUACACAUGACUGAGACACGCAGCAAAUCAUUUGACUGUGGUAGCUUGUCCUUGUCAGGCACCUCUGCAGGAGCCCCAGCCACUCCAUCGAUCCCACCAGCCCCACCAGCCCCUCCAGAGAGAAGAAAAUGCUUUUUGGUGAGACAGGCCUCUCUGAGCAGACCUCCAGAAACCGAGCCAGAGGCUACCCCCAAGGGAAGGCAGGACAGCGAGGAACCACAGCCCUCUUCUGGAAAACCUUCGGCCAAAAGCUUGGUGUCCCAGAUCUCCUUGGCAGCCACCUCACAUAGUGGGCACCCGGGAGGCAAGACCCAGGUGCAGGACAGGCCCCCACUGGGGUCCACCCCACCCUACACAGAAGCCCUGCAGGUGUUCCAUGCCCCUGUCACUCAACUGCCUCUGCAAGAGAAGCCAUACCUGCCCCCACCUGUCUCCCUCUUCUCCUUCCAGCACCUCUUGCAGCAUGAACCAGGACAGUCUUCAGAAUUCUUCUCCACACAGGCCAUGGCCAGCCUUCUCUCCUCCCCUUAUUCCAUGCCUCCACUCUCUCCCUCCUUAUUCCAAGCCCCGCCACUUCCUCUUCAACCUACUGUUCUGCACCCAGGCCAGCUCCAUCUCCCCCAGCUCCUGCCUCACCCUCCCAACAUCCCCUUCCGGCAGCCUCCCUCAUUUCUCCCCAUGCCAUGCCCUGCCUCUUCAGCACUUUCUUCUGGGUUUUUCCUGCCUCUGCAAUCCCAGUUUGCGCUGCAGCUCCCUGGCGAUGUGGAAAGUCAUCUGCCCCCAGUCAAAACCAGCCUGGCUCCGCUUGCAGCAGGACCUUCUGGCCCCUCCAUCAGCACAGAGUACAGCAGUGACAUCCGACUGCCUUCUGUGGCUACCCCAGCCAGCUCCUCAGCAUCCACAUCAGCCCCGCUGCUGGCCUUGCCUGCCUGUCCAGACACCAUGGUGUCCCUGGUUGUGCCCGUCCGCAUUCAGACCAACAUGCCGUCCUAUGGGAGUGCGAUGUACACCACCCUUUCUCAAAUCUUGGUCACCCAGUCCCAAGGCAGCUCAACAAGUGUGGCUCUUCCCAAGUGUGAGGAGCCCCCAUCUAAAGCUAUGUAUGAGGCUGAACCUGGACCAUCUGGCCUAAGUGAAGAGCAGGGCAAAGGUUUCCAGACUCCAUACCUGAGAGUGCCUGUGACAUUACCUGAAAGGAAAGACACCUCCCUGUCACCAGGUGUCCUGAGCCUGGAGGGGUGCUCAUCCACAGCUGGAGGAAGCAAGCGUGUCCUUUCCCCAGCAGGCAGCCUUGAACUUACCAUGGAAACCCAGCAACAAAAAAGGGUGAAGGAAGAGGAGGUUUCCAAGGUUGAUGAGAAACUGGAGCUGGUGAAACCAUGCAGUGUGGUGCUGACCAAUACCGAGGACGGAAAGAGGACAGAGAAAUCCCACUUGGGCCAGGGCCGGGGCAGGAGGGAGUCAGAAACCCUGUCCAGCCUGUCCCCAGAUCCAUCUGACCCAAAGGAAAUUCCUCCCCUCCCUCAUCCCACAUUACUACAUGGGUCAACCCCUGGAUCAGAAGCUUUGAAGGAGUAUGUCCAACCACCUGGCAAAUCUUACCGAAGAGGGCUGUCCCCACUAAGCAUGAAGAAAGAAGAUUCAAAGGAACAACUCGAUCUCCCUCCCCUGGCACCUCCCAGCUCUCUGCCUCUGUCAGAAACAUCCCGCAGACCAGCCAAGUCACAAGAAGGUACGGACUCAAAGAAGGUACUGCAGUUCCCCAGCCUCCACACGACCACUAAUGUCAGUUGGUGCUAUUUAAACUACAUUAAGCCAAAUCACAUCCAGCAUGCAGAUAGGAGGUCCUCUGUUUACGCUGGUUGGUGCAUAAGUUUGUACAACCCCAACCUUCCGGGGAUUUCCACUAAAGCUGCUUUGUCCCUCCUGAGGUCUAAGCAGAAGGUGAGCAAAGAGACAUACACCAUGGCCACAGCUCCGCAUCCUGAAGCAGGAAGGCUGGUGCCAUCCAGCUCCCGCAAGCCCCGCAUGACAGAGGUGCACCUCCCAUCGCUGGUUUCCCCGGAAGGCCCGAAAGACAUAGCUAGAGUGGAGAAGGAAGAGGAGAAGCGAGGGAAGCCAGAGGAGGAUGCGCCUGCCUCCAAGAGAGGGGAGCCGACGAGGGUCAAAAUCUUCGAAGGAGG